AUGGCAGAUCGCGCGGCCAAACGGAUGCGACGCAUAAGCACCGAAUAUGACGAAUCCGAGGGCGACGGAUGGGAUGCGAGAGGAAACAGCACCAGUGCCACCCCUACCGCCUCCUCGACCCGCCCACGUCGCGGCACUGCGAACCAGUCGCCUGCUGCUGCCCUCAUACAGCGCUCCUCGCCCGAAGAGACGCGCCAGUCGAUACACCUCACCGUCAAGUCAUCCCCCAACAAGAUCAGACAGGCCACCGGCGGGGCUGUGCCCAAGGCAGGCGUCAGCAGGAAUAACAUAGUCGCGGGCAAACGUGCUUCACGGAGUAGUCGUGUGGUGCAGGAAAUCGACAGCGACGAUGAGGACGAAGACGACGACGACGACGACGACGCCGAGGAGGUCGAUGCCAUGGAUGUGGACGACGACUCGGACGAGAACGAGGUAGACGCUGAAGGCGACGAGGAUGAGGACAUGGACGCCGAAGGGGACGAAGACGACGAUAUGGAGGACACACCAGCGCCCCGAAUCACUGUAAACGCGAAUAGAGGAAUCCCCGUCCAACCAGCGCCAGCGAUUAAACUCACAAAAGCACAAGACAAAGUCGAGGCCAAGGAAAUGGCCAUGGACGAUGACGAUGACGACGACCUCAGCGAUCCCGACUCCGACCUCGACGAGGAAGACGCAGAAGGCGAAGACGAGGAUGCCGAGGGCGAGGAAGACGACGACAUGGGCGUCACACCUAGUGGGGAUAUGGACGAGGACAUGGACAGCGACGAAGAUGCCAGCCGCGACCAGACCCCUGAUGUCACCAAGAUGACGAAGCGACAACGCGCUCUCAUCAAUGAAGAAGGUGACGGCGCACUCCUGGCACUCUCCAACGAAGCACAGAAGAAGAAGCACCUCACAGCUGAAGAACACGCCAUGCGAAGGGCAGAGAUGGCAAGGCGAAGGAAGAAUCUCAGCGAGAAGAGGAAUGAAGAAGAAAAGCUCGACACUAUCAAUCGUCUCCUCAAGAAACAGCCUCCAAAACGUGGCCGCAAAUCUAUGAUGAACGUGGACGAAGAUGGAGAAGAGAUAGAACACGAGCCUGAGCGCGCAAACCCGCUCUUCACACGCUACAUCCAGAAUGCCAAGGGAACUCAGCUCGCUGUUCCUGAUGAGUGGCUUCAGGCUCCCGUUGGCAGUAUAUUCGCAGGGGACAUGCAGAAGGGGACCCAGAAGCCAUUCAGUGGAAGGAUGGUUGAGGAGGUAGCUUAA